AUGAAGAACUCAAGAAGGGUGGAGCCAGAUGAAGAUGAUGAUGUCAUUGUGACCUCGGUGAAGAGAGCGCGGAAAUUUGGACCCCAGACAUCAACUCUCAAUUAUCUGAACACAUUAAUUGUCAAUCCCUAUCAGAAGAUGGCAGACUGGUUUUCAAGGAAGAAGGCUUGGUCAGAGCAUUAUUUCUUUAAGAAGGCUCCCAAUGGGGAGAAGCCCAAUGGGGAGUCAAGAACGGGGGCACUUGGGGGUCAACUGGGUCAAGGUCAACCAGUGGACAGGUUCAAGGCACCAGGGGAUGGAGUGAAGAAGUCAGGUUUCCAGGCAACCAAUGGGAAUGAUCAGCCACUUCGUAAAACCCUUGUCAGGGCAUCAGAAGGAACUCAAACACAGUCUGACAACAGAUCAGGUAGAAAAUCAACAUUUCACCCUGCCCCCACCAUCCAGAAGACUUCUGUCACCGCCCCCUCAUCAUCUCAGUCAACACAGACCACUACCUCAGUCCAGACAGACCACUCAGAUAUUUGGCACAGGAUAAGAGAUUUAGACACUGUACAACCAAAACGCCAUGAAGACAGAUCACUGUUCACCCGUCCACCUCGACAGAAAUUUACAGCUUUAGAGUGCGUAAGACUGGAUGAGAAGAAGAAGUACCAGCAGCUGUUACAGCAGUUUACCAAACUCCCCCUGGAGAAGUCCUCAUACUCCCCCGACGGACUGAAUGCCGCGUCACAUCUGAUGCAUUAUGGCUCCAGGACUGAAGGCAGUAUAUCGGGCAGCAACUCCUCUAUAGAACUAUUCUCCAUCACACGACAGCCAGAGGUACACAGACAGAAAAUUGUUCCCACACAGAAGACACGUAUCCCUACGCCGCCCCGAAGUACAGAUUACGAGCACCAGAGAUCUCCCCGCCCGCCUGUCUCUGUAUCUCCACGGCGAUCGCUGGCGGCAGAGCAGCGGGAUUUAUCGCAGUCUGGUAGCGAUGACGUCAUUUGUCUGGAAGACGAGGAGGAGGAGGUUAUUUGUAUAGCAGAUGAUGAACCUAGAGUUGCCUCCCCUAUCGUCAUCUCUCCUAUCGUCAAUGGCAGUGCUCCCCAAAGUUCAAGGUCAAGUUUAGAACUCUCAAGGAGUCCUAUUAACAGACAAAGGCAGCAACAGUGGAGGCGGCCCAGCAGUCCAGAUUUCCAGUCCAGUAAAUAUCUGUCAGAGGAGUGGAUCGUAGAUCUGGAGCGGCAGUAUUCGCGUGCAAACCGAGAAGCUCAUAGGAAGAUAGAAGAGGCGGAAAUCAAAAAGAAAUUUUACGAAGAAAAGCAUUUAAAGAAGGAUCGUUUACUGGAGAAUGAGGUCAGACAAAGACUCAGGUUGUACGACGCGGAACCCGCCGUCGUCGAGGAUUUACCUGUCGAACCCGAGAAAGAAGAGCCGUUCCCAGAACUUACUGACGAGAUGCUUCAGGUUGUUAACAAUGCAUUACGGUCCCAGCCAGCUGACGAAGUGCUGGUGGAGGGGUAUAAAUUACAGAUACGCCGACGUGACAUGGAGUCACUGGCCGGACUUAAUUGGCUAAACGAUGAGAUCAUAAACUUCUAUAUGAAUCAGUUGGUGGAGCGAGGGGAGGCGGACGGUAAACCCAAGGUGUACGCGUUCAACACCUUCUUCUAUCCCAAGGUCAUGAGUCAAGGUCACGACUCGGUCAGGCGGUGGACCAGGAGAGUGGACAUCUUCUCUAAGGACUACAUCCUAAUCCCCGUACAUCUGGGCAUGCACUGGUGUCUAGCGGUGAUUGACUUCAAAAAGAAGAUGAUCCGCUACUUUGACUCCAUGGGCGGAAAUAACAUGGGCUGUUUAAACGCCCUCAAAGAGUAUCUUUGUGCUGAGAGUCUUGACAAAAAGAAACAGAAGUUUGAUCUGAGUGAAUGGAAAACGGAAAUAACGAAGGACAUUCCCCAGCAGAUGAAUGGAAGUGACUGUGGGAUGUUCACCUGUAAAUUUGCCGAAUACAUCACAAGGGAGGCAGACAUUAACUUUACACAGGAACACAUGCCAUACUUCAGGAAGAGAAUGGUGUACGAGAUAGUAAAGAAAAAAUUACUGCAGUGAUGUCAUUUCCAGUGCAAUAUUCAAAGAAUUUUGAUAAGAAAUUGAAACAUUUCUGUCAUUCACUUAACUACCAUUUCUUAUGGACGCCUCUUGGAAUUGAAAUUGCAGGAAGAAAUAUAAAAAAAUGUGAAUUUUCCUUUAAUACAAACAUCAAAGGAGGAAAAGACAGUAUUGUGGAAAUGGACUCAAAUUUCCUGCA